AUGCUUCGUCUCCGUCUCUUUUCGUUGAUUUUCAUAAUAACCGUCCUCGUGUCUUGUUCCUGUGUGCUUGCCGACGAAAAUAGCAAUAGUAAGGUUGUAGACUUGACACCAGACACAUUUGACGAAAUAGUUGGUCAUGAUAAACAUGUUUUCGUAAAGUUUUAUGCACCGUGGUGUGGUCACUGUAAAAAUCUUGCUCCUAUUUGGGAAGAACUUGGCGAGGCAUUUGCAAGUGCCAACGAUCGUGUCAUAAUAGCUAAAGUGGAUGCGGAUAACUACCGUGACUUGGGAAGUAAAUUUGGGGUGACAGGAUAUCCUACGUUGAAAUGGUUUGAUAAAGGUUCCACCGAUCCUGAAGAUUAUUCAGGUGGACGUACUCUGGAUGGGUUAACUGCGUUUGUUGAACAAAAGACUGGAAUUCGUCACAAUGUAAAGAAAACAGUCUCAGCGGUAACAAUACUCACUUCUGAAACGUUUGGUGAAAUUGCUCUGGAUCCGAAAAAGAAUGCAUUGGUUGAAUUUUAUGCUCCAUGGUGUGGUCAUUGCAAAAAUUUAGCUCCGAUAUACGAGAAAGUAGCGUCAUACUAUUCACAAGAACCCGAGUGCAUCGUGGCAAACCUCGACGCAACCGCGCACAAAGACAUCGCAGAGACUUACGAAGUAAAAGGUUACCCAACCAUCAAAUAUUUCGCCAAGGGAGACGACAAGACCCCGAUUGAAUAUGACGGUGGACGUACCGAACAAGAUUUUGUCGCGUUUUUGAACGAGCAUUGUGGGACGGAACGUGUCGUCGGGGGUGGAUUGUCUGAUAAAGCUGGCAAAAUUCCUGAAUUGGAUGAAUACGCACAAAAAUUCAUUAUCGCGUCCAAAGAAAGUAUCGGUUCCGUUAUUGAAGAAGCACGAAAAAUUGCAGCUAAAUUGGAUACUCGGUUUUCAAAAUACUACAUAAAAGUGAUGGAAAAAAUAAGAGAGAAACAAGAUUACGUCACUAAAGAAAUUCAACGCCUCGAAAAAAUCGUAAAGUCCGGGACGAUAUCAAAUAACAAAAAAGACGAUUUCACUAUUCGUAAAAAUAUUCUCGUUAGUUUUCAAAUUGAUGAAAUUGAUGAUGUUAAUACUAACACCACAACUGAGACCACAAGCGACGAUGCUAAACACGAAGAAUUAUAA